CCCGGGGUCCGGUGGAGGGCAGUGAGGGGAGGAGGAAGGAGGAGGAGAAGGAGGAGGAGGCGGGAGCAGCAUCCGGAGCCGAGCUGCAGCAGCGCCGCCUUUUGUGCUGCGGCCGCGGAGCCCCCGAGGUUCCAAGCCUACCCAUAUCCGCUGAAAAAGUCUUCAAGGGACAGGGCCCACCGCUCACCACUACACUGGGGCCCAGAGGUCAUGGCCUGCCUUCAUGAGACCCGCACGCCCUCCCCUUCCUUUGGGGGCUUCGUGUCUACCCUAAGUGAGGCGUCCAUGCGCAAGCUGGACCCAGACACUUCUGACUGCACUCCUGAGAAGGACCUGACACCUACCCAGUGUGUACUUCGAGAUGUAGUACCCCUCGGUGGGCAGGGCGGGGGUGGGCCCAGCCCCUCCCCAGGUGGAGAGCCACCCCCUGAGCCUUUUGCCAACAGUGUCCUGCAGCUACAUGAGCAGGACACAGGGGUCCCAGGGGGAGCCCCUGGGUCACCUGAAAGUCGGGCAUCCAGAGUUCGAGCUGAUGAGGUGCGGCUGCAGUGUCAGAGUGGCACUGGCUUCCUUGAAGGCCUCUUUGGCUGCCUGCGCCCUGUCUGGACCAUGAUUGGCAAAGCCUACUCCACUGAGCACAAGCAGCAGCAGGAAGACCCUUGGGAGAUCCCAUUUGAGGAAAUCCUGGACCUGCAGUGGGUGGGCUCAGGGGCCCAGGGUGCUGUCUUCCUGGGGCGCUUCCAUGGGGAAGAGGUGGCUGUGAAGAAGGUGCGAGACCUCAAGGAGACUGACAUCAAGCACCUAAGAAAGCUGAAGCACCCCAACAUCAUCACCUUCAAGGGCGUGUGCACUCAAGCUCCCUGCUACUGCAUCCUCAUGGAGUUCUGUGCCCAGGGCCAGCUGUAUGAGGUUCUUCGGGCUGGCCGCCCUGUCACCCCCUCCUUGCUGGUUGACUGGUCCAUGGGCAUCGCCGGCGGCAUGAACUACCUGCACCUGCACAAGAUUAUCCACAGAGACCUCAAGUCCCCCAACAUGCUAAUCACAUACGACGAUGUGGUGAAGAUCUCAGAUUUUGGCACUUCCAAGGAGCUGAGUGACAAGAGCACCAAGAUGUCCUUUGCAGGGACAGUAGCCUGGAUGGCCCCUGAGGUGAUCCGCAAUGAGCCUGUGUCUGAGAAGGUCGACAUCUGGUCCUUUGGUGUGGUGCUGUGGGAACUGCUGACUGGUGAGAUCCCCUACAAAGACGUAGAUUCCUCAGCCAUCAUCUGGGGUGUGGGAAGCAACAGUCUCCAUCUGCCUGUGCCCUCCAGCUGCCCAGAUGGCUUCAAAAUCUUACUUCGCCAGUGCUGGAAUAGUAAACCACGAAAUCGUCCGUCAUUCCGACAGAUCCUGCUGCAUCUGGACAUUGCCUCAGCUGAUGUACUCUCCACACCCCAGGAGACUUACUUUAAGUCCCAGGCAGAGUGGCGGGAAGAAGUAAAGCUGCAUUUUGAAAAGAUUAAGUCAGAAGGUACUUGUCUGCACCGCCUAGAAGAGGAGCUGGUGAUGCGGAGGCGGGAGGAGCUCAGACAUGCCUUGGACAUUAGGGAGCACUAUGAACGAAAGCUGGAGAGAGCCAACAACUUGUACAUGGAACUUAAUGCCCUCAUGUUGCAGCUGGAACUCAAGGAGCGGGAGCUGCUAAGGCGGGAGCAGGCUUUAGAGCGGAGAUGCCCAGGUCUGCUGAAGUCACACCCUUCCCGGGGACUCUUGCAUGGGAACACAAUGGAGAAGCUUAUCAAGAAGAGGAACGUGCCACAGAAGCUGUCACCCCAUAGCAAAAGGCCAGAUAUCCUCAAGACAGAAUCUUUGCUACCUAAACUAGAUGCAGCCCUAAGUGGGGUGGGGCUUCCUGGGUGUCCUAAGGGCCCCCCCUCACCAGGACGGAGUCGCCGUGGCAAGCCCCGUCACCGCAAGGCCAGCGCCAAGGGCAGCUGUGGGGACCUGCCUGGGCUUCGUGCAGCUGUGCCACCCCAUGAACCUGGAGGACCAGGAAGCCCAGGGGGCCUAGGAGGGGGACCCUCUGCCUGGGAGGCUUGCCCCCCUGCCCUCCGUGGGCUCCAUCAUGAUCUUCUGCUCCGCAAGAUGUCAUCAUCAUCCCCAGACCUAUUGUCAGCAGCACUGGGCUCCCGGGGCCGGGGGGCCACAGGGGGAACUGGGGAUCCUGGCUCACCACCGCCAGCCCGGGGUGACACACCCCCAAGUGAGGGCUCAGCCCCUGGCUCCACCAGCCCGGAUUCACCUGGGGGAGCCAAAGGAGAGCCGCCACCACCUGUGGGGCCUGGUGAAGGUGUGGGGCUGCUGGGAACUGGAAGGGAAGGGACAGCAGGCCGGGGAGGAAGCCGGGCUGGGUCCCAGCACUUGACCCCAGCUGCACUGCUGUACAGGGCUGCUGUCACCCGAAGUCAGAAACGUGGCAUAUCCUCAGAAGAGGAGGAAGGAGAGGUAGACAGUGAAGUCGAACUGACAUCAAGCCAGAGGUGGCCUCAGGGCCUGAACAUGCGCCAGUCACUAUCUACCUUCAGCUCAGAGAACCCAUCAGAUGGAGAGGAAGGUACAGCUAGUGAGCCUUCCCCCAGUGGCACACCUGAAGUUGGCAGUACCAACACUGAUGAGCGGCCAGAUGAGCGGUCUGAUGACAUGUGCUCCCAGGGCUCAGAAAUCCCACUGGAUCCCCCUGCUUCAGAGGGGGUCCCUGAUCCUGAACCCAGCUCCCUGCCCAUUCCACACCAGGACCUACUUAGAGGGGAACAGGGCCAUCCCAAUUCUGAGGACUCAGACUGUGACAGCACUGAACUGGACCACUCCAACAGCAUUGAUGCCUUGCGGCCUCCAGCCUCCCUCCCUCCAUGAGAGCCACUUUUAUUUCCUGUACAUAGAGAAAUAUUUAUAUAAAUAAUAUAUAUGCGCCACAUAAUCAACAGAGAAAGAUGGGGCUGCCUCAGCCUUAAGUCAAGUUUGAGGGAGCCUGAUACCCUAACCAAUUCACUUGAUAAACUCUAGGGACACUAGCAGCUGUGGAAAUGAACGACAAGCACUGCCCUAGAGCUGCGUGCAGAUGGGGAAACUAGCCCUUUCCUGCUUCAUCCCAUUCUUUAUGUUCAGCAAGCAAUUAGGCAACAGAAAGCCAGGCUUGUAUCUAUACUCUCUACCCCCAAAUACUAGUGGGCAGAGGACAGAACCACUUAGACUGCACUUUUGUUUCCCGUUUACUCUGUUUACACAUGUUGCACUUGGGAGGAAGGAGAGUAAGGCUGGACCCUCCCCUCUGAGAUUUCUCAGGUGGCAAUGUAACUCAUUUCUUUUGUCCUUUCAUUUGUCUGCCCAAGCCCUGGCUUAGGGCCGAGGGGGAGCUUAGAAGACUGAUAGCAUGUGAUGGCCCAGGCUGAAGAACUGGGGUGCUGUAAGUCCCUGCUUUUAUCCUGGUGCCUGAUUGGGGUAGGGACUGUUAUAUUGUAACUCCUAUGAAAAAACCUUAAAAUAUAACCACUCCACGCAGGCCCUACUGU